UCUAACAUUAAAGCUCAGCUAGGCUGACACCUUGAGGCCUUUUUCCUAUCGGAACUAACGCACACCCAACCAUUUCUUAUCAAUCACCUGCAUUUACAAUGCAAAACACUGCCCGGGGUAUAAGGUAGCCACCGGCACCUUGAGCAUAUGAUAGCCACCAAGUUCAAGCCACCGACAGAGUUUGUGGUUUGCUAUGACGACGUGGCUGGCUCACCCAGUUUUAGAGCUCAUUUAGUUGAGAUAUAGACGUUCGCCAUGCCUCAUCAACUGCGGCAGAACCUGCUGUUGCCCAAUCCGCCCACGGUGGUCAUGCACGAUCCUCGCACCCACCUGAGGCACCUGCCCCCGGCCUACAGUCCCGCCCAGACUCCGCUCAGUCGGGAACGGGACUUCGCCCCCCAGGUGCGCUAUCACCUGGAGACGCCACGUAAGCCCAAGUUCCGACCCUGCAAGGUCAUCUUCGUGGGCGAUUGCUCGGUGGGCAAGACGGCCAUUGUCAAUCGGUUUUGCUACGACAAAUUCCAGUCGAAUUACAAAGCCACCAUUGGCGUGGACUUUGAGCUGGAGAAUUUCAGUAUUCUGGGUCACAAUUACAGUCUAGAAAUGUGGGACACAGCUGGCCAGGAGCGUUUUAAAUGCAUAGCAGGAGCCUAUUAUCGCAAUGCAAGUGUGAUAGUGGUUACCUAUGAUAUGUCCAAGCGGGAUUCCCUGGAAUCGGCUAAAAAGUGGCUCAAUAGCGCACUCAACUACAAUACAAGCUCUAGACCCUUGGUCUUUUUAGUGGGCACAAAAGCAGAUCUCUUGACAAAGGAGGAGUUUGUGCGAAUGGAGCGAUUGGCGGGCGUGGCAGCUGCCGAACUUCAGGCGGAAUAUUGGUCGGUUUCAGCGCGAUCUGGUUUUAAGGUCACGGAAUUCUUUCAAAGAAUUGCUGGCCUGGCUUUUGAAGAAGCUGUUAAGCAGGACAUUAAGUCAAAUAAAAGUAAGCCACAAGAACAGGCUCAUCCGUCAUCAGUUAAAUCGCAAACUUUUGAUUUACGAAACUUUUUUAGUGGUCGCUUUUCUCCUCAAAAGAGUGGCUGUGCUUGCUAGCCUGCAUGUCUUACUGUAUUCUAAGAUUAAAUUAAGUCGUUGAAUAAAACAUUUUAA